CACUGCCCACAGGGAGAUUUUGAGCCGAAGCUUCCUAGCCUCCGUAGAGAUUUGCAUACAACUUCCACUUCCGGCUUCAGAUCCUGCUCUUCAACUUACCUGGGCCUGGGGAGGGCGGAGGGAGGCACCUGCCGCGGAGAACCUGGAGAGGCCGACGACCCUGGGGCCCCGGGCUGUCCGGCCGUGGCGGUUCUAAGGAACUAGAAUGAGCCGAAGUAUUCCUGUGGAGGUUGAUGAGUCAGAACCGUACCCCAGCCAGCUGCUGAAGGCAAUCCCAGAGGACUCCCUGGAAGCGGAAUCAGAACCACCUGCUCCCGGCACAAGGAACACGGCACCCCACGGUGUGUCGGCACCCCGCACCCCUGACGGUUCCCCUGGGGACUCAGCUCAGGCUCCUCCACCUCUGGCGCUCGCCAGCCCGCAGUGGCCUGUGUCCCAGGCGGUCACCUGCCUGCGUGCUAGAAUCCUGGAGGAGAGUGACGACAGCUUCUGCAGCAGGCACCCAGAGCCCAGCGAAGACCAUCCCUCGGGCUCCUCUGCAGCCAGCGCACAGGAGUCUGGGAGUGGGGCUGGCGCCUUCCUCCCAGAGCGUCAGUUUUCAUUUCUGGGAAAGCACCAUCCGUGGCUGGGAUCUCAGCUUUCAGCAGCUUCUCGUGACGCUAGCCAUGACGCCAACAAAUCCGACCAAAGUUUACCUAAUGCCUCAGCAGACUCCCGGGGCAGCGGCCAAGAGACAUGGCUGUGGGCCCAGCCCCACAGGAACCACGAAGCCCCAGACCCGCCCAGCACAGACGAUUCCCAGCCCCAAGAUGUCCUGGGCAUCCGGCAGCUGGAAAGGCCUCUGCCCUUGACCUCUGUGUGUUACCCUCAGGACCUUCCGGCCCCGCUCCAGUCCAAGGAGUUCCCCCAGAGGUACUCAGCAUGUGCACAUGUGCAGCCUUGCAACCCUUGCGCACACACUCCGUGGAACCCUGCUUACUGUUGUCCCAGAGGCCCCAACCACCAGGUGCCAUAUGGCCACCACUGCCCUGGAGCACCUUGCCAGCAAGCCAUACAGCCAGCUCGACCUGGGCAGCCCUGGCUCGGAGCCAGUGUGAGAGGCCCGCACCCCGUGCACAAGGUUGUUCUGAAUUAUCCCAGCCCCUGGGACCAAGAAGAGAGACCUGCACACAGGGAGUGCUCCUUCCCCGGGCCUCCACGCUAUCAGGACCAGCCGAACCCCCAGCUGCCCAAUAGGGCCGGGCUUCUGGAGGAGUCCUCGGAGCGUGCCCAGGCUCUGUCCCCAGCUGCUGUACCUCGACGCCCCAGCAACACUGCAGCCAGAGGCACUCUGAGGACAAGCAAUUUGCCAGAAGAGUUGCGGAAAGUCUUUAUCACAUAUUCUAUGGACACAGCCAUGGAGGUGGUGAAAUUCGUGAACUUUCUCUUGGGCAAUGGCUUCCAAACUGCAAUCGACAUAUUUGAGGACAGAAUCCGAGGCAUCGAUAUCAUUAAGUGGAUGGAGCGCUACCUAAGGGAUAAGACAGUGAUGAUAAUCGUGGCAAUCAGCCCCAAAUACAAACAGGAUGUGGAAGGCGCUGAGUCGCAGCUGGACGAGGAUGAGCAUGGCUUACAUACUAAGUACAUCCAUCGCAUGAUGCAGAUUGAGUUCAUAAAACAAGGAAGCAUGAACUUCAGAUUCAUCCCUGUGCUCUUCCCAAAUGCAAAGAAGGAGCACGUGCCCACCUGGCUUCAGAACACGCACAUCUACAGCUGGCCCAAGAAUAAGAAAAACAUCCUGCUGCGGCUGCUCCGGGAGGAGGAAUUUGUGGCUCCUCCCCGGGGGCCUCUGCCCACCCUCCAGGUGGUGCCCUUGUGACACUGUCCGUCCCAGAUCCCCUGGGGCCUGUCAUGUUAGAGGCCCUGUCGUGC